CCGACGCAGUCCGCCCCCUCCCGCCGCCGGCUAGCUCAGCUGUGAUCGACGCAGAAUAUGGCAGGGAACAGCUCGUACACCAUCGUGGAAUAUUUCGGAGGGGAUGACGGUUACCGUUGUGGUUACUGUAAAAAUGAAAAGGGCAACUUCUCUCAUGGGAUGUGGUCCCAUACCAUGACGGUGCAAGACUACCAGGACCUCGUAGACCGAGGAUGGAGAAGAAGUGGGAAAUAUGUCUAUAAGCCAAUAAUGAACAAGACAUGCUGUCCACAGUACACCAUCAGAUGCCAUGCCUUGAACUUUCAGCCAACCAAAUCAAACAAGAAGAUCCUUAAGAAAAUGAGCAAAUUCCUGUCUAAAGGUGAAUUACCAGCAGGGCAGAGAGAUGGGGAGCCCAUGGACUCAAUAUUUGAAGAAGUGGGACCACGGCAGGUGGCCAAGGUUUGUGUCUCAGAAGUAGAGGGUCCUGCUGUGACAGAUAUUGAGAAAGAGACUGGGGAAGCCAUAUCAGAACACCCAGAGUCAACCAGAAAAGAUACAGCUUCUGUCCCAGGGAGACCACCUGUCACAACCCCCAAACCAGGGAUUGGAGCGGAUCCUACUAGACCACCAUGUCGCAAGGCCAAAGACUUGAGAAAGGCGCGUCGACUUCAGAAGGAGCAGAUGAGGCAGCAGGCGGCUAGUGGAGUCUCUGCUCCCAUCAUCCCCGCCCGGAACAACCAACCCAGACCUCUAGAAGAUUUCAUCAGUGACAUGCUGCCUGACAGCCCUCUUCAUAGCCUUGAGGUGAGGCUAGUGCGCUCCAACCCCCCUAGUCCACAGUUCAAAGCCUCUUUCGACGCCUCCUACCAGGUGUACAAACUCUACCAGAUGGCCAUUCACAAGGACCCUCCUGACAAGCCCUCCGAGAGCCAGUUCAGGAGAUUUCUCUGCGAUUCACCACUAGAGGCACAGUCUUCUCCUGAUGGUCCAGAUGUAGGCUACGGUUCCUUCCACCAGCAGUACUGGCUGGAUGGGCGCAUUGUGGCGGUGGGGGUGAUAGACAUCCUCCCUACCUGUGUGUCCUCUGUCUACCUGUACUACCAUCCAGACUUCGCCUCAUUGUCUCUGGGGUCAUACUCUGCACUCAGGGAGAUCGCCUUCACCAGGCAGCUGCAAAAACAGUCCGCCAAGCUGUCCCACUACUACCUGGGCUUCUACAUCCACUCCUGCCCCAAAAUGCGUUACAAGGGCCAGUACCAGCCUUCAGACCUCCUGUGCCCAGAGACGUAUGUCUGGGUGCCUACAGAGCAAUGCCUUCCCCACCUAGAGAAAGCGCGCUACGCACGGUUCAACCAGGACCCUGAUGCAGGUGAUGCGCGGAUGCUGAAGGAUGUGGGCAGAGCCCUGGUGCUUUACAGACGGACAGUCAUGCCGUACGCAGCCUAUAGCCGCAAACGCAAAGGCGCCAGCGACGAGACUGAGGUGACACAAUAUGCCAGCCUGGUGGGUCAGGUCUGUGCCGAGAGGAUCCUGCUCUAUCGCACGUAAACCUCCCGCGCAAGAGACACACCACUGGACUUUUUAUUUAAAAGUUCCAAUUCCCAGCAAAACGUCUGUUUGCCUGUAUCUCUGUCUCUAUGUGUGUUUGUCUGCCUGUUUCUCUGUCUCCAUGUCUGUCUGUCUCCUCUGUGCAAGUACUUCCUGCUGCUUCACCCUGUAGCUGCACUGAGCUUAGCUUCACACAUGCAAAUGAAUUGACACAUUAGCGUCUUAUUGCAUACUGUAUGUAUGCACACCCAUUCACUCAUAUUGCCUACUUGAUCAAUUAUAUUUUAGUCACGUUUGGUAGAAUUCACUUUUAUUCGUCAUUGAAUCCAGCAGCCUGUGUUCACUAUGUAGUUGUCAUUUAUUCUUUUGCUUUAAUAUUGACAAAGCUCAUGGUUACAGGGAACAGUCACUUGAAUGUUACUUUGAUGUCACGCUUUCAUCAAUUUUCCUCUUUUUCCAACCAUCCAAUUAAAUAGCAUGUUUCCAUUGAAGGUCAAGUGAGCUAAGGACAUAAAUAAUCUUUGCAUUAUCUGAUAAUAUAGCCACCAAAAUCCUAGCUCUCUCAUAAAAGCCACAAUGUAAUACCAAAAUAUAAUGUUUAUCACUGGAUUCCUGUUAUGCACAUUUUACUUUCUUUCUUUGUGCUGAUGUCAGUUGUAUUUAUGGCUUUUUCUUUACGUUUUGAUGCUGUUGAUUUUGGCCAAUCAAAUAAAGAGGUACUUUCU